GAGUGCGCAUCACUUUCUAUUCACUGCUGCUUGUCUGCUUUUGUGCACACAUUUCUCUGCUUCCACAGAAUCAGAUGCUGCUGUGGGAACUUCUGUGCUGUGGAGUACAGGGCAUGAACAAAGAGAGCUGAAUGCUGGCUGAAGGAUGCUGUUUUGCAUGCUGGAGGGGGAAAAAAAAAGUGUUGUGCUGCUGAUGCUGCUUCUUAAAUGUAAAAAUGAAAUACUGCAAUGCCCACGAAGUGCACAUCACCUAGAAAAAGCAUAACCCUUUGCUGCAAGAGCUGCUGUUUUCUAUGUUUCUUUAUGGGUAUGCCUGUCAGGACAUUCGAGGAGUAAUGUUCCAAGAACUGUUUGCCUCGCGAGGGAGUCAGUUUGUAUUCCUGAGUGUCAGCAAGCACUGACUUACUAUGGUGGCACUGACACAGCCUGGCAUACUUGUGGCAUAGUGAACAAAAACUGAAAAAGCUAAGGACAGCCCUACAAAACUCAAAGGAUGGGUUUCAAUGCAAUUAGGUUACUUAGCAGUUCAGCUGCAGUACUAGUGAUAGCUCCUACUGUACUACUGACAGUGCUUUCCUCUGCUGAACGUGGAUGCCCUAAGGGCUGUAGGUGUGAAGGCAAAAUGAUCUACUGUGAAUCGCAAAAGCUGCAAGAAAUUCCCCAAGGCAUUUCUGGAGGUUGCUUGGGCCUCUCGCUGCGUUACAACAGCCUGCAAAAACUAAAAUUCAACCAGUUUAAAGGACUGAACCAGCUCACUUGGCUUUAUCUAGACCAUAACCACAUCAGCAAUAUUGAUGAAGAUGCCUUCAAUGGGAUACGCAGAUUGAAGGAGCUCAUCCUGAGCUCCAAUAAAAUCACCCGUUUGCUAAAUAACACAUUCCGACCAGUGACUAACAUACGGAAUUUGGAUAUAUCCUAUAAUCAGUUGACUUCUUUGGGCUUGCAGCAGUUCAGAGGCUUAAGGAAACUCCAGAGCUUGCACCUGCGAUCCAACUCCCUGCGAAACAUCCCUGUAAGGAUUUUCCAGGAUUGUCGCAACCUGGAGUUUUUGGACAUGGGCUACAAUAGGAUAAGAAGUUUAGCACGGAAUGUAUUCGCAGGCUUGAUCCGACUAAAGGAGCUCCACCUGGAACAUAAUCAGUUUUCAAAGCUAAAUCUGGCUCUGUUUCCCCGUCUGGUCAGUCUACAGUUUCUCUACCUGCAGUGGAAUAAGAUCAGUGUCAUCGGUCAAACUAUGUCCUGGACAUGGAGCUCCUUACAAAAGCUUGACCUGUCUGGCAAUGAAAUCGAAGCUUUCAGUGGACCGAGUGUUUUCCAAUGUGUGCCUAACCUCCAGACCCUCAACCUGGAUUCUAACAAGCUCACGUUUAUUGGACAGGAGAUUCUCGAUUCCUGGAUUUCCCUCAACACCAUAAGCCUCACAGGGAAUAUAUGGGAAUGUAGCCAAAACAUUUGCUCAUUGGUAAACUGGUUAAAAAGUUUCCGUGGUUGGAGGGAGAAUACUGUCAUCUGUGCCAGCCCAAAGGACCUGCAAGGGGUGAAUGUGAUGCAGGCAGUCAGAAAUUACAGCAUUUGUGGCAAAAGUACUUUUGAAAAAUUGGAUACAAAAGAUCUGGUCAGGCCCACAUAUAAACCCAAACCCACUAGGCCGAAACAGGAAAGCAAGCAGCAGGUUCCUUUUGUGCCUACAACUAGUGUACCUGAUUCCAGUUCUGAUGCUGACCAUGAAACAGAGCAUAUCUCUUUUCAUAAAAUCAUUGCAGGGAGUGUGGCGCUUUUCCUUUCAGUGCUUGUGAUCCUGCUUGUGAUCUAUGUGUCUUGGAAGCAUUAUCCCGCCAGUAUGAAGCAACUGCAGCAGCGGUCUCUGAUGCGAAGACGCAGGAAAAAGAAACGACAAUCGCUGAAGCAAAUGACUCCCACCACACAGGAAUAUUAUGUUGAUUAUAAGCCAACAAACACAGAAACGAGUGAGAUGCUGCUGAAUGGAGCAGGACCCUGCACAUUUACCAAAUCUGGCUCCAGGGAAUGUGAGAUACCAUUGUCGAUGAAUGUCUCAUCCUUUCUCACCUUCGACCAGCCAACAAUAAGCUACUGUGGCAUACACCAAGAGACUAUGGACAAACACAGAGAACGAGACUUAGAACUGAGCACAAUAACGGCUAUAACACGCCCCAGUGAGCAUAUGUAAUAGACAGCUAUGGUCUUACUCAUGGCAGGUAAACCAAUGCUGGAUUCAUGGACUAAAUGAUGGGGAAUUCUACAUCAGCAUGAAAUAAAAGGACAUGCAAACUGCCCAGUGCUCUGAAAUGUGAUGAAUGCUCUACGGAUCACGAGACAAAUGCCACGCAAGGACCUGCAUUUGGAAGUAACCUGGAUUCUUCACAAGUGGAUGUUUUUCUUACCGUACAGUAGUUCAGCUGUGCAGUCUUUUUUUUUUCUUUUUUUUAAAAGAGGAUCUUAGAAUAAAUCCUUUUUCAAAAAUCUAA